AUCUUUAACUCUAUCUUUAACGGAUUAGUUCGAGCUAAUGUGGUUUGGUGUUUGCAGUAGCUGCAUCGUAGGACAUCUGUGAAGCUACAGCAUGGAUCCCUUGGGAGCUCGUUCCCAGUUUGUCGCGGUCCAGAACCUCCCCACGUGGGACCAGUCUCAGGGAGUCCAGGACGAGGUGGAUGGAGAAAACCAAUUAACAGAGGAAGAUGACCAGCUGACCAAUCAGCUCAAUUCUUUAGAGUCCCCUUUCCCCUUCAGACAAGACAUCAACAGCAAGAUUGUAUUAUUUAAUGGAGAUGUGGCACUGUUAAACUGCACUGCAAUCGUCAAUACAAGUAAUGAGACACUAACGGACAAGAACCCUGUAUCAGACAGUAUCCAUAGAUAUGCUGGACCUGAACUAAGGGAUGAACUACUCAAACUGAAAGGAUGUCGGACCGGUGAAGCAAAAAUGACAGAGGGUUUCAACUUGGCUGCACGUUUUAUAAUUCACACAGUUGGACCCAAAUAUAAAGCCAAGUACCGGACAGCUGCAGAGAGCUCUCUUUACAGCUGUUACAGAAACGUCAUGCAGCUUGCCAAGGAACAUGCCAUGGCAUCUGUGGGUUUGUGUGUGGUCAGCACAGUCAAAAGGGCAUAUCCGCUGGAGGAUGCCACACACAUAGCAUUAAGGACUGUUCGUAGAUUUUUGGAGAACCAUGGUGAAAAUAUUGAGAUGGUGGUGUUUGCUGUUUCCGAUGUUGAGGAGCCAGUGUACAGGAAGUUAAUGCCGUUGUAUUACCCAUGCUCAAAAAAAGAAGAGAAGAUCAGUCUGCCUCUCCUCCCUGCCGACAUUGGUAAUACUGAGGGGGAGCCCGUGGUCCCGGAGAGACAGAUCCGCAUUGCCGAAAAGCCAGGAAAUCUAGAAGAGUCCGACCUGGGGCUGGUAGGAAGUCAUGCAUUUGCUCGUAUGGAAGGGGAUGUGGAUAAGCAGCGUAAACUCAUCCUUCAGGGCCAAAUGUCUGAAGCAGCCCAGCAGAAACAGCACCAAAGGAACUAUAACCGCUGGCUUUGCAGAGCUCGAGCAGAGGACCUUUCAGACAUAGCAGCGUUAAAGGCACUAUAUCAGACCGGUGUUGAUUUGUGUGGUAGGACAGUCAUGGUUGUUGUUGGCAGGAAUAUUCCAGUUACAAUUAUUGAUAUGGAGAAGGCUUUGCUGUAUUUCAUCCACGUGAUGGACCAUAUCACGGUGAAGGAGUAUGUGAUGGUGUAUUUCCACACACUCACCGGUGAACACAACCACCUGGACACCGACUUUCUCAAGAAGCUUUCUGACAUUGUGGAUGCCAAGUUUAAGAAAAACCUGAGGGCUUUCUACUUCGUUCAUCCAACGUUCCGCACCAAGGUCUCUACAUGGUUCUUCACAACAUUCAGUGUAUCAGGCCUUAAAGAGAAAGUCCAUCACAUAGAGAACCUCCAGCAGCUCUUCACCUGCAUCCUGCCUGAGCAGAUCGACAUCCCUCCUUUCGUCCUGGAGUAUGACACACGGGUGAGUAUUCAGUCCUUUACCACCAGUGUUGGGAAGAAUCAGUGA